AUGUACAAGCCAAGAGUAUUCCCUGUCAUGUUUCCAUGGAAUAUUUUUGCUUUUGUUUUAAGGAACCUGUUGGACAAUCCAAUAGAUUGUAAAGACGCAAUUCUGAAGCAACUGGCAGCUUCUAUUACUCUUAAGUCCAACUGCGGCCAAAUAUCGAAUGUUGCAGUGGAAAGUGACUUGCAUUUUCCUCACUCAGAAGAAUCAAAAAUAGGAAGUCGUAUGAAAAGAUCUGUGGCAAGUUGCCAGGCGGGAUCAGCAAAUUGUGUGAGUUACACGUGUGGAGGAAUCGAUCACUGGUUGCCGUAUCAGACUUACUGGGGAUGCUGUAAGGGUGUUAUUCAUGAUCAGCGAGAGACCUACUGCUCAGAAAGACAGGGCGUUAUGCAAUGCAGCACGGUAUUUUCAGCGUUUAGAUGCAGGAAUGAACACUGUAUACCAAAUUCAUGGUUGUGUAACAGAGUGAACGAGUGUCAAGAUGGAAGUGAUGAAAUUGGAUGUGAUGAGUGUAGUAAAACUGCUUCGUUCUUAUCCGUUGUGGCUGUAAGUGUAGACAGGUUCUUAGCUAUUCAUCUUCAUCUCAGAUACCAGGAGCUCGUGACUCACAAGCGUAUUGUUAUUGUGGUGAUUUCCAUAUGGGUCUUGAGUGCAUCUGUUUCUUUCACGAUGUUCUGGGAAUUACGGGCUUAUAUCAACUUAUUCAUUUUAGCCUUUGGCUUCAUCAUCUCAUUUGUGGCGUACAUCAAGAUGUAUUUAACAGUUCGACGGCACAAGAAUCAGAUUCAGUCCUUGCUAGUUGUAGAUGAAACUCAGUCUGGAAUAAUGACUAAUUAUGCUGCCGUUGUUAAGACUACAGUUGGCGUACUCUACGUUUAUCUCGUGCUCUUAGCCAGUUAUUUGCCUCAUUUUAUUUGCAUGGCUUUUGUUCGAAUCUACCGUGACUCGAGCAUUGCUAAAAAACAGCUGUUUCUUUUCUCGUUGACUCUCAUGUUUCUUAAUUCAUCUUUGAACCCUGUCAUUUAUUGCUGGAAGAUGAGACACAUUCGACACGCUAUCAUAGACAUACUACGAAAUAUGCCUCGAAUGAGAAAUUAUUCAUCUCGCGUAAAUUACGAUCGGUCUUUAAGUGUCGUUCGUUUGGGUAACUGACUGAAACCCUUGUGUGGCUAACAUGGAUUUUAUAUUGUUUUCUCAGUAGACUUAAUGGGGAU